AGAUAGGAGAAGUUCCUUCCUUUCCAGAACUUUGCAGAUGGGCAGAAGCAUAACAGAGACAGUCAGGCUGUUUCAAUUGCAACGAUUUUCUCAAGCUAAUAGGUGCAGGUGUCCAAAUGGGGAAUCCAAAACUUUGGGCCGGUUUCAUUGUUCUGCUGAAUCUGCAGCUUGGUUCUACCUACAAACUUGUUUGUUAUGUCACCAACUGGGCUCAGUAUAGGAAAGAACCAGCCAUGUUCACCCCAGAUAACAUAGAUCCAUUUCUGUGCACCCACUUGAUUUUUGCUUUUGCGGAUAUGGACAACAAUCAAAUUACAACUAGAGAAUGGAAUGAUGAAACACUUUACAGAAAACUCAAUGCCCUAAAGGAAAGAAAUAACAAUUUACUCACAUUGCUGGCUGUUGGAGGGGGAACCUUUAAUAACCAAAAAUUUACUACAAUGGUAUCAUCUUCAGCAAAUCGCCAGAUAUUCAUCUCAUCAGUUAUACCUUUUCUCCGUGAGCGUGGAUUUGAUGGUCUGGAUCUGGACUGGGAAUAUCCAGGGUCCAAAGGUAGCCCUCCAGAGGACAAACAUCUCUUUACCAUUUUGAUUCAGCUUGUAUCGGUUAGUUUCAGGGAUGGAGCAUUAACUACAUCCUGCUUUAGCUUACCAUUACACAUGUAUUUAUGUUCCAAAAUAGCUAUUGUUUUUUUAUCCUUUUUACUGGCUGUUUGUUUAUAGUUUCUUAAUUUUUAUUUUUAAUUUGCAAUCAGGAAUCUUGAUUUUAUCAAUGUGAUGACUUAUGAUUUCCAUGGAAGUUGGGCUUCAGUGACAGGACACAACAGCCCAUUGCAUCAAGGUUUAGUAGUCUACGAUCCAGUUCCCUUCUACAAUUGUGAGUAUGCAAUGAAGUACUGGAAUGAUAGUGGAGCACCAUCUGAAAAACUGAUGAUGGGGUAUCCAACUUAUGCACGUACUUUUAGACUUUCUAGUACAAAUACUAAUGUUGGUGCUCCAGCCUCUGGUGGAGGCAGUCCUGGUGUCUACACUAAACAUUCUGGUAUCCUGGCAUAUUAUGAGGUUUGUGCAUUCUUACAAGGAGCUAGCAAAGCAUGGAUUAAAGAACAGAAGGUUCCAUAUGCUUUCAAAAAUGGAGAAUGGGUUGCAUAUGAUGAUGAAAAAAGUUUUCAGUUUAAAACUGAGUUUUUGAAGAGGAAAGAGUACGGAGGAGCCAUGGUCUGGACUCUUGGUCUGGAUGACUUCUCUGGCAAUUUCUGUGGUCAAGGAAUCAAUCCCCUUGUGAAUAAACUAAAGAGUGUUCUAAUGAACUGAGGUCUCUGCAAGAAGAAUGGAGAGCCUACCUCAUCCGCAUACAUCCCUGAAUUAUUUCUUGAUCAUAAAUACUUCGUAGGAUAUAACACAGAGUGAUUUAUGUAACUAAAUAAGCAGUGUCAUAUUUUAAUAUUCAAAAUCCCAAAUUAUUGUUGAAAAUGUACUGUUGGGAAAAUAGUGGUAUCUUUCUAUGACUACUUCUAAUAUCAAAUUUAUUUUCUGAAUUUUAUGAUAAUAUUAGUAAAAAUUAAACGUGGUGCAUGCUUUGUUACCCAACCUGAAAGAAAUAAAAAAACAUUCAAUGGAAGACUAACAAGUCUUCUAUUUUUUCCUGUUCAGGUAAUGUAUUUCUUUGAAAAAAAAAAUUAAUAAAUCAAUGAC